GCGGAGACUGACUCCUACGUCCAUCAUCCACUAUUCUAGUCUUCACCGACAUGAGGUAGGUGUGAAUAUCAUCAUGAAGACUGCAAAAUGAAUCUGUGCUUUCUGUCCAAACCGCAGGUGCCACUAGAUGCAGGUGUGGUUUAAAGAAAGACAUCCAAGGUUUUGGUGAAUUUCAUCAACGCAUCAACAUCCAUCCCCAUCUCGUGUUCCUCUAUACUUGUUUCGUUUAUUCGUACAGAGGUCCUUUGUCAAUGCGUCCUUCAGAAUAUGUAGCUUUUCCUCUGAGGAAUUAUUUUACUGGAGGAUCGCGCAUUACAUUUUUUGGGAUCUUUCCUUGUUUGGCGAUGGCAGGUAAUUUUAAGGCAAGCCGGAACACAGAGUGAGUCGCCAUGGCGGCAGGAGUGGCUGCAUGGCUUCCCUUUGCACGGGCAGCAGCUAUUGGCUGGAUGCCUGUGGCCAACUGCCCCAUGCCCACUGCUCCUAGAGACCACAGAAAGAGACAUGACGAGCUGAUCAUCCUGAAUGUGAGUGGACGACGCUUCCAGACCUGGAGGACCACACUGGACCGCUACCCAGACACCCUGCUGGGAAGCUCGGAGAAACAGUUUUUUUACGAUGAGGAGACAAAGGAGUAUUUUUUCGACCGGGAUCCAGACUCCUUCCGCAGCAUUCUCAACUUCUACCGGACAGGAAAGUUGCACUAUCCUCGCUACGAGUGCAUCUCGGCCUAUGACGAAGAGUUAACUUUCUUCGGCAUCAUUCCGGAGAUCAUCGGCGACUGCUGCUACGAAGAGUACAAGGACCGGAAGCGGGAGAACGCGGAGCGUCUCCAAGAUGACCAGGAUGACAACAAGGACUGCAAGCUGCCCAACAUGACAUACAGAGAGACAAUGUGGAGGGCCUUUGAGAACCCUCACACCUCCACCAUGGCCCUGGUGUUCUACUACGUCACCGGCUUCUUCAUCGCCAUCUCAGUCCUCACCAAUGUGAUAGAGACGGUACCUUGCGGUGCCACGCCUUCACAGAAGGACAUGCCGUGUGGCGAGCGCUAUACCAUCGCCUUCUUCUGCAUGGACACAGCCUGCGUCCUCAUCUUCACCGUGGAGUACCUCAUGAGACUGUUCGCCGCGCCCAGCCGCUACCAAUUUAUGCGCAGUGUGAUGAGCAUCAUCGACGUGGUAGCCAUCUUUCCCUACUACAUCGGCCUGGUGAUGACAGACAAUGAGGAUGUGAGCGGGGCCUUCGUCACGCUCCGAGUGUUCCGUGUGUUCCGCAUCUUCAAGUUCUCCCGCCACUCGCAGGGCCUCAGGAUCCUGGGGUACACGCUGAAGAGCUGCGCCUCCGAGCUGGGCUUCCUCCUCUUCUCCCUCACCAUGGCCAUCAUUAUCUUCGCCACGGUCAUGUUCUACGCAGAGAAGGGGUCGUCGUCGACCAAGUUCACCAGCAUUCCAGCCUCCUUCUGGUACACCAUUGUCACAAUGACCACGUUGGGUUACGGGGACAUGGUGCCCAAGACGAUCGCGGGGAAGAUCUUUGGUUCUAUCUGUUCUCUGAGCGGGGUGCUGGUAAUCGCCCUGCCUGUUCCCGUCAUCGUGUCCAACUUUAGCCGAAUCUAUCACCAGAACCAGAGAGCUGACAAACGGCGUGCGCAGAAGGUACAGAAAGCCAGACUGGCCCGGAUAAGAAUAGCCCAGACGGGCAGCUCCUGCACGGGCUUCUUCCAGAGCAAACGCAACGACCUCCUCAACGAACUGCUGGAGCUCACGCAACAACCGUACAAGCAAAACAAUAUCCACGAGGAAGAGGAAGAGGAACAGCAGCACAACAAGAGCAUAUCGUUAUUAGAGAGUCAACACCACCACCUAUUGCACUGUCUGGAGAAGACCACUGCCCAUGAGUUUGUGGAUGAGCAGCUGUAUGAGCAGAACUGCCUGGAGACCACGAUCCAGAGCUACACCUCCCGCAGCCCCUCCUUCUCCAGCCAGGACGGGCCCAUAGGCACCUGCUGUACUCGCCGGGGGAAGAUGAACUCCCCCCUACCCAACUCCAGCCUGCCCCUCCAGCCCAGCCAUCAGCAGGGCGCACUACAGGAGCUCAGCGCCCUGCACAUCCAGUGUGGGGAUAAGCUGCCCCAUACCACCAGUCGCUCCAGUCUCAACAUGAAGACAGACGAGGUGGGACCGAUCAACUGCAAGGGCAGUCAGAUCACCACGGCGAUCAUCAGCAUCCCCACGGCCCCCUCCGACACCACUGACGGGGGCGGUCUCCACGGACCCCCCCAGCGCAGACCCCCCCCACCCCCCACCGGCCCACAGGCCCCCAGCAUCAACACCACCGCCAGCUCCAAUGUCAUCAAAGUAUCCGCUCUGUGACUGUGUGACUAACCCAAUCGACCGACUGACUGGGCAGGAGGAGAGGUGAAGGGGACUUUCACUUGGCCUCUGCCUUGAAGGACCCUGUCGCCUGUUUAGAGGUAGAGAAAUGGGAGGGAACUCCCGUUUUCCAAGGAAUGUACUUGGCCUUUUGAGCAGCCAGGGGAUAGGCUACUGUAUACUGAGAGAAAUGCUGAAACGCAAGUCAGCUGAAGGUAGGCUACUGUGUGCGCAUUUCCCAAAAGCGGGCCAGUACGUUUGAAUUGCAGGAAUCGACAGGACAAAGGGAGUCACUGUGUCUUUGUGCACUUCGCACCUACUCUUUAUUUUCUUGAUCUGGCUACAGCUCAACACUAAAUGUGUAAAAGAUAUUCUUCUUACACUUACAAGGUUCAAAGGAGAAUGAAGACAACUAUCAAUGUUUUAACUUGGGUUUGGUUGGUCUUCUUUGCGUUUUCUGUUUGUCGUAUCUAGUUUCACCUUGAUUGAUACAGUUUUGGAGUUUUUUCACUUCUCCAGUGGACGAGGUGUGUCGGUUAAUAUGAUUGUGGUGAUUAUUAUUUUUUUUGUGUAUGUACGUGUGUGAUGAUACUUUUAUUGAAAUGUUAAUAUUUUAGUGGGUUUUUAACCUGAUUAGAUUUUCAUCAGUCCACAAUGUCCUUAAAGAGCGACUGGCCCUAAAAAGCUUUUUCUCGUUUUGAAAAUGGCCUAUAAUGGGAUCGAUAUGAGUCAGACACAUUUAUUCUACUGUCAAAAUUGACUACAACAUGUGAAUAGGAUAACUUGGGUCAUAAAUUUAGUCUCAUCCAGAUAUGUGAGAUGUCAGGAAAAAAAAUGUAUGUUCUGGAAUGAAGGGUACCAUAACAGUUUUCCUUGGGUUUGGUAAUGGCCAUGGUCAGUUUUGUUUAACAUUCAAUAUCCCUAUGUGGCUAGUUAGGGACCACAAUAUUUUAAAGGUGAAUAGCUCCAAACUUCAAUAAAUUAAAAACCUCAAACCAAUUAUAAAUUGUAGAAAUUCAUAUACAAACAUUGAAAGCAUUUAAUGAGAGAACUAAAAUAUGGGCAACAUGAAAAUAUUGUCCCAUUUAUAUUGUGUAUUUCAUUGACGGUCCCUAACUAUCCCCAGAGAUAGGCUAUCCAAAGUCAAACCAACUUUGCCACAGUCGCACCCUAGUCUGCUGAAACUAAUUACCUAAAUAAUUUGUCUAACUCUUCCCACCUGCGAACACACACAAGCGACACCCACAACAAACCACACCCCGAAACCAACUCACGUUUGAAUUCAGUCAUGGCCGCUAGCAUUUCUUAAUGAACCAAAUCUAAAACAAGGCCAAAUCAGGAAGUGCAAUCGCCCUUUAAAAUCAAAGUAACAUAAAUGACUACUCAGACAAAUAUUUUAUGGGCUAACUAUUUUUUUGCUAGAAUAUUUUAUCAGACACACUACAGUACCAUUGCUUUUGUUCUACCCAACUCGGUCUCUGUCUCUCCCUUGCUCUCUCACUUUCUCCCAUGCUCUCUCUCUAUCUCUGUCUCUCUCUUUCUUUCUCUCCCAGAAUGUCCUCAUUUUUAAGACUUUAGAAUAGCAGUUUAGUCGUUGUUUUUUCAGCUCAGUGGAAGACAGUAUAAUCACCAUGGCAACCAUGGAUGUCAUUAGCUAUCUAAUUGGCGACAGAGUUUCAUGCGAAUAUUCAAAAAUCUGCAUCAAGAAAAUAUGCGCAUUUCCCCACCAGUGGUGUGUUUCCACCAAACGGACUUGUUGCGGAUAAAAAUCAGGGCGUGAUGACAUAGACACAAAGUCAUGUAGCGAAUAAAAAUCUGACGUCCAAUGUGUUUCCAUCGCAUUUUGCACUCUACGGAUAGUUUUGUUAGUGCGGGUAGAUUAGAUUACACGAUGAGAUUAUUAUGGAUAAGAGCGAGAAUAGUUUUUGUUGUCAAACAGCAGUCGAGCAUUGAUCAUCAUGUCACCAGAAUAAGACCCUCGAUAUUUACUGGAAAGGAGCAUCAAGCUCAUCACUGUGCACUUUCACCACCCUGUGAAGUUCAUCAUAAAUUCGUAGUGGGAGGACCACACAACAUGUCAUCGCAUGACUCCAAGUUUACUUCGAUAUGAUGGUUAUUAUAUCAAUAUUUGCGCAUAAAAGCGUUUCCACUGACAUUUCUCGCACUAUUAACUUUACCGACACAAAAAGAUCCCACCUUGUCUAGCGUAUUUCGUUUUGUCGACAUUUGGAAAGUUUACCAACAAAUGCUCUGCUUCCAUCAGGCCUGUCAUGCCAUUUUAUACUUUACUCGCAUAAAAAGGUUGGAUUGAAACCUGGUUAGUGCCCUACUAUGAUGUGAACAGGCCUCCUCUACAUGUUACGUUAACUGGAUUUACCUGGUCAGUCUAGGAAAGUGUUCCUAAUGUUUUGUACACUCAGUGUAUUUGGAGGGGGAGUCUCAACAAUGCUCAUUUUGUCUCCAUGCAGGUUAAGGCCUUGUCACAUUUACCAUACCCUUUAAUAAAGAAUGCUGCCUGAAUAUAUAUAUACUGUAAGCUGACCAGGGUUCAAACUCAAUGGUUCACAUUAUAGUCUAUGGUCUGGAGCAUACAGUGCCUUCAGAAAGAAUUUAUACCCAUUGACUUAUUCCAAAUGUUGUUGUGUUACAGACUCAAUUCAAAAUGGAUUAAAUAAAUAAAACAUCUCACCCAUCUACACACAGUCCUCCAUAAUCACAAAAUAAUGUAUUGAAAAUGGAAUAGAAAGUAAAUAGAAAACAGAAAUAUCUCAUUUACAUAUGCAUUCACACCCCUUGAGUCAAUACUUUGUAGAUGCACCUUUGGCAGCGAUACAGCUGUGAGUCUUUCUGGUUAAGAGCUUUUCCAAACCUGGAUCGUGCAAGAUUUGACCAUUAUUCUAAUCAACAUUAUUCAAGCUCUGUCAAAUUGGUUGUUCGUCAUUGCUAGACAGACAUUUUCAAGUCCUGUCAUAGAUUUUCAAGCAGAUUUAAAACCUCUUAAGGACGGACCAUUUUUUUCAAUUUGUCGAAAAUGACAUACCCAAAUCUAACUGCCUGUAGCUCAGGACCUGAAGCAAGGAUAUGAAUAUUCUUGAUACUGUACCAUUUGAAAGGAAACACUUUGAAGUUUUUGGAAAUGUGAAAUGAAUGUAUGAUAAUAUAACUCAUUAGAUCUGGUUAAAGAAAAUACAAAGAAAAAAACAUGCAGUUUUAUAAUACAUUUUUUGUUCCAUCUCUGAAAUGCAAAAUAAAGGUCACAAUGUAUUAUUCCAGUUUAGGUGCAAUUUAGAUUUUGGCCACUAGAUGGCAGCAGUGUAUGUGCAACGUUUUAGACUGAUACAAUCAACCAUUGCAUUUCUGUUCAAAAUGUUGUAUCAAGUCUGCCCAAAUGUGCCUAAUUGGUUUAUUGAUACAUUUUCAAGUUCAUAACUGUGCACUCUCCUCAAACAAUAUCAUGGUAUUCUUUCACUGUAAUAGCUACUGUAAAUCAGGCAGUUCAGUUAGAUUAACAACAAUUUAAGCUUUCUCCCCAUAUCAAAUAUGUAUAUGUCCUGGGAAAUGUUCUUGUUACUUACAACCUCAUGCUAAUCACAUUAGCACACGUUAGACCUCCCCCUGUCUCGUCCCGUUGGGGGGGUCACAGAUCCCGCUUAAGUCAAAACUGUCACUCCGCCACUCAGGAACAUUCACUGUUUUCAUAGUAAGCAAAUACAGUGUACAUUUGGCUUUGUGUUUGAGGUUAUUGCCAUGCUUAAAGGUGAAUUCAUCUCCCAGUGUCUGGUGGAAAGCAGACUGAACAGGGUUUUCCUCUAGGAUUUUGCCUGUAUUUCUUUUUUAUCCUGAAAAACUCCACAGUCCUUUACAAUAACAAGCAUACCCAUAACAUGAUGCAGCCACCACUAUGCUUGAAAAUAUGGAGUGGUUCUCAGUAAUGUGUUGUAUUGGAUUUGCCCUAAACAUAACACUUUGUAUUUACGACAAAGUAUUUAAUACAAAACUUUGCAGUAUUACUUUAGUGUCUUGUUUGCAAACAGGAUGCAUGUUUUGGGAAUGUGUGUAGUCUGUACAGACUUCCUUCUUUUCACUCUGUCAAUUAGGUUAGUAUUGUGGAAUAACUGCAAUGUUGUUGCUCCAUCCUCAGUUUUCUCCUAUCACAGCCAUUAUACUAUGUAACUGUGUUAAAGUCACCAUUGGUAUCAUGGUGAAACCCCUAAGUGGAUUCCUUCCUCUCCGGCAACUGAUUUAGGAAGGACACCUGUUUCUUUGUAUUGACUGGGUGUAUUGAUACACCAUCCAAAGAUUGAUUAAUAACUUCAGCAUGCUUAAAGGGAUAUUCCAUGGCUGCUUUUUAUUUUUUUACCCAUCUACCAAUAUGUGCCCUUCUUUGUGAGACAUUGGAAAACCUCCCUGGUCUUUAUGGUUGAAUCAGUGUUUGAAAUUCACUGCCCGGCUGAGGGAUCUUACAUUUAUCUGUAUGUGUGGGGGUACAGAGAUGAGGUAGUAUUUCAAAAAUCGUGUUAAACACAGAGUGAGUACAUGGAACUUAUUAUGUGACUUGUUAAGCACAUUUUUACUGCUGAACUUUAGGCUUGCAUAACAAAGAGGUUGAAUACUUAUUGACUCAAAACAUUUCAGCUUUUCAUUUUUUAUUAAUUUGUAAAUAUUUCAACAACAAAACAAUUAUUCCACUUUGACAUUAUGGGGUAUUGUAAUUAAUUGCAAUUCAUCUGAUCCCUCAUCAUAACAUUCUGGAGUAUAUGCAAAUUGCCAUCAUACAAACUGAGGCAGUAGACUUUGUGAAAAUUAAUAUUUGUGUCAUUCUCAAAACUUUUGGCCACAACUGUACUGUAUGGCCUGGACUAGGGCCUGGAGUUUUUCUCUUCCCCCUAGUAAUGUGAGUUGAACAGUAGGCCUAUUACUCAUUCUCUCUACUGUUUCACGCUUAGCGACGUCAUUAGAAAAGGCUAACUUCUACAGUAAACACUGAUGUGGUCUUAUUACUGUGUUAUGUUGGAAGGUUAAUGGACGCAAUUAUCUAUUUGAGAAGUAAUAGAAAAGGUCACUUGUCAAAAAGUAUUGUAGUUUGUUUCUUACCUUUCGCCUCCUUAGGUUUGAUUCUUUUUUAAUUGGGCUUUUCUGUCUGCUCCGUAUUCUCUGUCCGAUGAUGUUUAUCAUGUGACUUUGUAUUGUGUCUUAAUGACUAUAAACUAGUGUCAGAUAAAGAUUUACAUCUGCCACCCAAA